AUGGGAGAUCACAGUUCUGUGCAGACACCUCUGGCUACUUUCAAAGUAAAUGGAUACAGGAACGUGGUGAUGGAACAUGAAAAUGGACACGAGAAUGCUAUGAAGGGGGAUGAGUUUUGGGUGUCGAACAGCUCAAUGUGGUGCGGUAUUGAUCUCAGUAUCUUUGAUGACAUGAACCUGGUGUAA